AUGUAUUCCAGAGAGUCUAUUGUUCAAGAUGCCUUAGAUGAGCUCCAGUCCAUCAGCCAAAAAUUUUCUGAUUUAUUCCCACAUAGGGAACUUAAUCGUCUGCGGCAGUUGUUGGAAUGGGGGAGAUGGUUUUAUUUGUGGGGAAGAAAGUGGGGCGAUGAACAAGAUGUGGGCUGGGAAACUGCUGUGUGUACAGUGGAGGACACUCUUCACAGACAUUCCCUGGAAACUCUGUUUCUUUGUCUCACGUUGAAUGAGAAAUUGCUGAGGGUUGAUGAUUCUGAUGAGAGAUGGGAUGAUGAUUCGAAGGGAUGGGAUGAUGUGGUUAUAGAUUUUCUUCGGAGAAUUAUUGGAUCGGUGCAACCAGCAAUUGAGGAAUUGGUCCGAAUGUUGGGGACAGAUCUCACAUUGCAAACAAGAUCUUCUUCUCGAACAGAUGUGAAGCAACUGCUGGACAGCGUCGACUUCAUUCUUCACAGUUUGCAGAGUCUUGAAUCUCAGAAUCCCAACGCAAUUGAAACCGUAACGUUCAUGAAGAACUUCAUUCGCUUUGCUACGCUUCACGGACUUGAGGAUAGGCAAAUCAUCGGAGAUCUCUUGACUUACUUUGAACCGGUAAUUAUUCAAUCUGCAAGCCUCCUUUUUGAAUUUAUUAAAUCUGGAAGCCCACUUUAUUCUGUUUCUCGUGAUGAACUUAUGAGAAAAAUUGUGCCAGUUGAGUCGCGUGUUUGUGAGAUUUAUGUUGGUGUCUUGCAAGAUGUUUCGAAGUUUUCAGGGUCCUACUUCCAUCCCACUAAAGAAACUCAUGCUUUGGUGUUUAGAGACUUUGUGGAUUGUCUCAUUUUUCUGAUUUUGAACCUUUUCUUCCGUGAUGCCAUUUUUGUGGACAUGUUUCACCACGAAAUGCAUAAAGUGCAUGAGGGACUCUCAUUCUUGAGAACCACUCUGUCAGAGCACCAUGACAAGCUUGAUGACCUCAUUAGACCUUUGAUUUGUGAGGCAGGCAACCUAAUUUUUCAUCUCUAUCAAGAAAAUGGAGAACAAAGAGGAAGGUUGGUUGCAAAAUUAGAGCUCCUUUUUUCCAAUUUCGAGACAAAACUCCAAAUUACUAAGGAUGCAGAAGAAGAAGCGCCAAGGUUUCCACCAACAUCAGCAUAUCCCCAAACAAACUUGUUGGGUUUUAUUGACUCUGUCUUGGAAAAAAUAAAGUCAUUCCUGAUUCAAGUUUCUUCAGAAAAGGAUAAGUUCCAAGCCCUCCACGAUGAUCUUACAGUUUUAAGAUCUUUUGUAGUCCAUGAUAAUGGGAUGACGAUCCAAGAUCUCUCGAAUCGCAUUGCAGCGGUAGCUUAUGACACGGAGUUUGUACUUGAUUCUUUUGUUGUUGCUGGUAAACCACUUCAGACAAGCCUUAUCGUGCAGCUUGAUGUUAUCAUAAAAGAGAUUGAGCUUAUUAAGACUCAGGUCUCGCAGAUUCCUUGGAGUAUGGAGCCAACCAUUGCAGUUCAAAAGAUUAGUCAAGCUAACCUAAAGAUGGCACCAGCAGUUGGUAAGAUCCCAAAUUCCAAUGAGAGAGUGGUGGGCUUGGAUGACGAGGCAAAAAUCAUCAUCGAUAGACUCACUAGAGGGACAAAACAGUUAGAUGUGGUUUCGAUUGUGGGCAUGGCCGGAUUAGGUAAAACUAGUUUGGCCAAGAAAGUUUAUCAUCAUUCCCACAUCUCUCAUCACUUCCAGGUUCGCUCUUGGGUUACUGUGUCUCAAGAAUACAACACAAAAAGUUUGUUGAUUGGGAUUUUAAGCGGUCUGGACCAAGAUUCAACUGAAGAGUAUAUAAAUAUGAGGGAAGAUGAUUUGGCUGAAAGACUCCGUAAACGGUUGAAGGGAAUCAGGUAUCUUAUCAUCUUGGAUGAUAUUUGGGAUACUCAAGUAUGGAAUAGUUUGACAAUGUCUUUCCCAGACGAUGAUAAGGGUAGCAGAAUUCUCCUAACCAGUCGACAGGAGACUAUUGGUUUGGAAAUCAAUCCACACUCUGAACCUCACCGUCUUCGUGCACUAAAUGAUGAUGAGAGUUGGGAAUUAUUUCGGAAGAAGAUGUGCUUUGACCAAAGUUGUCCAUCGGAAGAAGUAAUUGCUCGUGCCAAGACAAUAGCAAAAUCCUGCAAGGGAUUGCCGCUGAUGAUUUUAAUUGUUGCAGGAUUUCUCGCUAAUACAGAGCCAAGUAAGUGGGAAGAAGUUGAAGAAAUGCUAAAAACAGAUUUGGAGACUUUGAUUGUUGGUGAUGGGAGAGUUUUGUUGCCGGAUACUUUGUGGGGUAUGAAAAAAUUAAGGCAUCUGGAUGGAGCUCGGGAGUGGGUAUUGCCAUCAGAGAUUCCCGUAGCCAAUUUGGAGAAUUUGCAGACUUUCUCGACUGUAAAAUUCACCUGCAGCCAAACGAUGGUGGGAGUAGUGAAGAAGUUACCAAAUCUCCGGACACUACGCUGUGGUCUCAAUCUGGGUGGACGAGAGUGCACUGUGGAUUUCAUCACUUUGUAUCAACUCGAAUCACUCUACAUCAAUAUUUUUCGUAGGCCGAAGUUUUUUCAAUUUCGAUUUCCCCAUAAUCUAAAGAAACUAACUCUGGAUUCAACUUGCCUUACAUGGAGUGAAGUUUCAGCUAUUGGAAGGCUACCAAAUCUUGAAGCUCUCCGAUUGAAUGGGGAUGCAUACACGGUGGAAAAUUGGGACAUUGAAGAAGAAGGCACAUUCCCCAAACUCAGAGUGUUGGAAUUAUACAACAUGACCAGUUGGGAGAGAUGGACAACGGCUUCGGAUGACGACUUCCCAUCUAUUGAGACAUUGAUACUCAAACGCUGCUUAAUGUUAAAGGAAAUCCCUUCUUGUAUAGCCCAAAGUUCAACCCUUCAGAUGAUUAAGGUCAGGGAUUGUCCACGUGUCUUUGAUUCGAUAAAGGAAAUUCAUGAAACACAGAUGGAUUAUGGAAAUGAAGAUCUACAGAUAUAUCUCGACAAGGAACAACUAACAAAAGAGAACUAUGAGGUAAUUCAAAGCAGAUACGAUUCAGACGAAUAUUUAUUUAAGUUGGGUAGUCGCUUUGCAUCAAUGAGAAAAUUUCUCCAAAUAUGUAUGUCAAAGACUACCCCACUAAGACGAAAUAAAUGAUUUAGGUAGAAGACUCAAAUAGCUUAGCUUGGCUGUUGUUCAUUCACACCUUCAUCUGAGUUUGGCGGUUUUGGAACCAAAACUUGACUUGAGGGUUUCAGCCCUAAAUCAUGGUCAAGCCUUUGCCUUUGCUUGUCAUGGUUGUAUUAAAAACAUGAGUUUUUUUAACUUGUGGUUAACAAUAAACAGGAUAUCGUAUCACGUACUGGUUCCAGACACUCAUAUUUUCAAUACAUCUAUACUGGAGAAAUCAAUUCUGUAUGAUUUUGUACAAAUGAUUUAGCAAAUAAGAGUAUAUAGUUUUGGAUGAGAAGAGUUUAUGGUCAUUUGAGAAUGUUAAGUCAUAUACUCUUUCCAAUCCAGAAGCGAUUAUCUACUUUGAUUUUUUUUUUUUUAAUUUAAAUUUUAUCAAAAGCGAAAAUUAAAAUCGGAUAAUUAUUUUUUAGACAGAUAGGGUAUUACAAAGGGGCACAUUAACUCGCAAAAAUCGUUUGUGUUUUUUAAUUUCCAGACCUACAUUUCAAUAAGUAUGUUGUUUUUGCAAAAUCGCAAUAACCUUGUCAGUUUCAUCUAUUUUCAAGACUCUCCAGUGGCGAAGACUCUUGAAACACUGAUUUUGCUGCAAUAAUUUCCCGAAAUUGUGUGUUUAUAUGGUAGUUAC